AUGGAGGCUAUCCACAUCACCAGAAGCCUUAUGGAAAAGUAUAGGGAAAGACAAAAAGCGUUACACUGUGUCUUCCUAGAUUUGGAUAAGACAUAUGAUGGUGUACCACGAGAGUUGAUUAGGAGGACGCUCCAAGCGAAAGGAGUUACUGGGAGAUACAUUAGUGUUAUCAGGGAUAUGUACAAUAGGGCGAGGACCGGUGUUCGAACACCGGUGGGGAGAACAGAGCUUUUCUCGGAGGAACUACGGUGGUGCAUGAUUUUUGCCGAUGACAUUGCACUGAUUGCGAGAUCGACGGAGAAGCUAAACCGUAGGUUAGAGAAAUGGAGGGAAGCCCUUGAAGACAAUGGUUUGUGUGUGAGCCGAGAGAAGACUAAAUAUCUACAAUGUGACUUUGAUAAACAAGAGAUAAGACAAAAUGGGGAUGAGGAUAUUCGCAUUGGGGAGCGGAUAUUGGGUCCGAAGGUAUCUUUUAGAUACCUGGGAAUGGUGAUACACAAAUCAGGGGGGAUAUACGUAGACGUGACACAUCGAAUCCAAGCUGGAUGGAUGAGGUGGAGAGCAGCUUCUGGAGUCAUGUGCGACAAGCGGAUCCCGCUAAAACUGAAAGGCAAGUUCUACAGAGUGGCUAUUAGACCGGCUAUAUUAUGCGGGUCAAAAUGUUGGCCGAUGACGAAAGUCCAAGCAUCUCCAGUAGAGGUGGCAGAGAUGAGGAUGCUAAGGUGGUCUUGCGGGAAGACCCUAUCAGACAGGAUCCCCACGGAAGUUUUUAAAGCUGAACUUGAAGUAGGGACCAUCAUUAACAAACUAAGAGAAUGGCGCUUGAGAUGGUUUGGCCAUGUUAGGAAAAAGGAUCGAACAGCACCACUAAGGAUAUCGGAGUCUAUUCACGACGAAGGCAUACGAAGAAGGGGAAGGCCUAAGAUGAGGUGGGAGGACCGAGUAGCAAAGGACCUAAUAGAGCUUGGGUUGACGGAGGACAUGACGUCAAAUAGGACGGUCUGGAGGAAUAGGAUUAGAGUAGAGGAUUAG